UCUCUUCAUCUUUUUUUAUACUACCUUCUUCUGUCCUCCAUUCUUCACUGAACACAUUUAAAACCUUCACACGCCUCUUGUUUAUCCAUGGCACACUCGAAUAUUUCACUCAAAAUCCAGGGUAAUAUCGCCAAAUCACAACGUUCUUAUAGUAAUAUAUAUAUUUACUACCAAUCACACGUAUAAUUAUUAACUUUCACUAGUAAAUUAUAUAAACCUUCAAACUUUGGAUUUUCUGAUUAUCAAGUCGUUGCCGUGUUUGACCCCAAAAGCCAUUUAAGAGAGAAAACAAACAAGAAUAAAUUUCAGAAAUCUGGGAUUAAUUUCUCAUAUAAAUUCUAUAUUUGGGUUUUUUUUUCAAGUCAAAUCAAACCCAAAUUUUUUUUCUUGGUUUUUUUUUUUUGUUCAUUCUCUGUUAAUUCUGAAUCAAAAGUUUCAAUCUUUUGUUCUGGGUUUUUCUUAAAAUAGGAAGAUUCAUGAGAUUUGUGGUUUUCUCAAUUUGUUUGUGUAUGUAAUUUUUUUUAGAGAGAGAAAGUAUAAAUAUUUAUAGAGAGAGAGAUGAGCAGAGGAGGUAAUGGGGAGAUGAGAAAUGUAAAUACUGCUUUGGAAACCAUAAACGCGGCUGCUACUGCGAUUGCUUCAGCUGAGUCUCGAGUUCAACCUCCUUCUGUUCAGAAGCGAAGGUGGAGCAGCUGUUGGAGCAUAUAUUGGUGUUUUGGCUCACAAAAGAAUAGCAAACGGUUUGGACAUGCCGUCCUUGUUCCUGAGCCAACACCCCCUGGAAAUCGAACUGCUGCUGCACAGGCUCAACAUUCAACUCAACCACCUGCUACCAGAAUACACUUUGUUGCUCCUCCCUCAUCUCCAGCAUCAUUUGUUCCUUCAGAACCGCCGUCAGCUCUACAGUCUCCUGCAGGCUCCACGGGUCUUAACUCUCUGUCUCCUAAUAUGUACUCCCCUGGUGGACCCCGCUCUAUUUUUGCCAUUGGUCCAUAUGCCCAUGAGACCCAGUUAGUCACUCCACCUGUCUUCUCAACCUACACCACUGAACCUUCCACUGCCCCUUUUACCCCACCUCCUGAGUCGGUUCACUUGACAACUCCUUCCUCUCCUGAGGUGCCAUUUGCUCAGCUUCUAGAUCCCAUUCACCGCAAUGGUGAUAUGGGUCAUAGGUUCUACCCAUCGCAUUAUGAUUUUCAAUCCUACCUUCUUCAUCCUGGAAGUCCUGUGGGCCCGCUUAUAUCACCUGGUUCUGCUGUCUCGGGUUCAGGUACAUCCUCACCCUUUCCCGAUCCUUAUUUUCCUGAUAUACGAUAUGGAGUUCCUCAGAAGCUGCUUACUCUUGAAGUCGGCCCUAUGCGGGAAUGGGGAUCACAGCAAGUGUCGGGUUCUGUGACCCCAGAUGUUGUCCAGCCCAUGUCUCGAGAUUUGCAUCGACAAGAUUCUGUGGUUUCUCCUCUUCCAAAUAUACCCAAUGGACAUAGAAACAAUGAAUUUCUGAUUGAUCACCGAGUCUCCUUCGAGCUGACUUCUGAGGAUGUGGUCAGAUGUGUGGAAAAGAAGCCCACAGCAUUGCCUAAAGCACUGCAAAACGCUGCUGAGAGAGAUUACAAUACAGAGGACUUGGUUGAUGACAGUGCUAGUGCCGGAACUUCUGAGAAAGGACAGACAAACUAUGAGGAGGCGCAGCGGCAUCAGAAGCAGCGUGCUGCCUCUCUCGGUUCGAUAAAGGAAUUCAAUUUCGACCAUGUGAAUGGGUUGGAUACGGCUAAACCAUGUAUCAGCUCAAACUGGUGGGCUAAUGAGAAGGUUAUAGGGAAAGAAGAUGGAUCUGGCAAAGACUGGUCCUUUUUCCCGGUGAUGCAGCCGGGCGUCAGAUAGCAGAUGUAAGUAUAUUUGGGUGGUCCAAGCCCAGUUUCUGAUGUACUCACACACACAUAAACACACAUGAACACAAUAAAUUGUUGGUCCCUAACUGAAAAGUGUGAAGUUUUGCACUUCGAAGUUCUCGGGGUUACCGUAAUUUUACAAUGCUGACUUCAUAUAGAUGGAGCCAUAAGGGUUACCGAGUUUUCCUUUUUGGUUCUCUUUGAAGUAGGUCGGGAUCUUAGUGGAUGAAGAUGGCAAUGUUUUGUUAGAAGUUAGAAAUAGGGUAUGGAUCAUAAUAUGACUAGUAUUUUCACUUCUGAUUUAUCAUCAGAACUAACCCUUUUAGUCUAUAGUUCUUUAGGCCUUGUUUGUUUGUAAGCAAUGUUUUGGAAUGUAUAAUACAUAGUGGAAGUUAGCAAUGUUAGUACAGAAUAAAAAUUAAAUAAAAUCUCAUCCUUGCCUGUUUCUCUUA